AUGUUGUCCACUCUUUUCCUCGCCGUUGCGGCCCCCGCACUCGCAACCGCCUUCAACGCCCCCAACGUCCCCGUUGGCACCGACGACAGUAGCCCAGAUGGCCUCAUCCGCUUCCCUCUCAAAGUUAGCACCGGCGCACCCGUCGUCAAGGGCGUCACCAAGCGACAAAACGAAGUCGCCCUAGAAAGCCAGCAGAAUGGCUUCUUCUACAGCAUCGAUGUUACCCUGGGAACCCCUGGUCAAAAGGUCACCGUCAACCUGGACACAGGCUCCGCCGAACUUUGGGUCAACCCUGUAUGCGAAAAGGCACAACAGCCUGCCUUUUGCAAACAGUUUGGUCAUUUCGGCGAGAGCAGCACCUUUGUCGACUUGAAUACUACUGGUGGUGUUGUCUACGGUACUGGUUAUGCCUACUGGAACUAUGGCUACGAUAAUGUCGUUGUUGGAUCCGCCGCUAUUCGCAACCAAGUUUUUGGUGUCGCAUACGACAGCUCCUUCACUGGUGUUGGUAUCAUGGGUGCUGGCCCUGAUCUGAACGGCUGGGAUGCGCCUUACCCUCUGGUCAUUGACAGCAUGGUCAAGCAGGGUCUCAUCAAGAGCCGUGCUCUGUCGCUCGACAUUCGCACACUUAACAGCGACCGAGGUGCCGUUAUCUUUGGUGGUAUUGAUACCGCCAAGUAUACUGGCCGUCUCCAAAAGCUCCCCAUCAUCCCCGCCGCAUCCUCCCCCGAUGGCCUCACCCGAUACUGGGUCAACCUCGAUGGCAUUAGCCUCGUUCAGGAGGACGGCACCGUUGACUCUGCCUUCUCUGGAUCAACCCCCCAGCCUGUCCUCCUUGACAGCGGUUACACCGUCAGCGCCCUGCCCGGAUCCAUCUUCAACAAGAUCGUCGCUGCUUUCCCUACUGCAAAGUCCAACGGUGGCGCCUAUGUUGAUGUCGAUUGUUCCGUCGCCGACAUCAAGGGCAGCGUUGACUUCAAGUUUGGCGACAAGACCAUCAAGGUCCCCUACGCCGACUUUAUCUGGCAUAACGAUGAGCGCUGUGUUCUCGGUGUCUUCCAGGAUGAUGAAUUCCCCGUUCUUGGUGACACUUUCCUCCGCGCUGCUUACGUCGUCUAUGAUUGGGACAACCGCAAUGUCUGGAUCGCCAACAACGAAGACUGUGGCACCAACCUCGUCGCCAUCGGUACUGGCCCUGAUGCUGUGCCUGACCUGGUUGGCCAGUGUGGUUCUGACUCCGAGACCACCACUUCUGCUUCUGAGACGGCUUCUGCUACCGGGACUGAGACCGAGACCGAGACUGCUUCUGCCACUGAGAGUGAGGCUGUCACUGCUACUACUGAGGACGUCACUUCUGCUGAGACUGACACCACCACUGGAUACUUCCCUACUACUCGUUACUCCAACGGUACGGUCUCCGUCACCGGAAAGGGCACUUCUACCACCAAGAAGGCUACUGGCGGUUCAGGCGAGUCUUACGAGCUUCCCAGCUACACUGACUCUUCUGCUUCCGCCACCAUCACCUCUACCGUUGUCACCAGCAAGGUCUACACCGUUACUGCCUGCCCUCCCAGCGUCACAAACUGCCCUGUCGGUCAUGUCACCACAGAGACCAUCACCUCUCUCACAACCUACUGCCCAGGCUCUGACGGUUCUGCCCCUCACCCUACCACAGUCGAAGGCGAGGGUGCUCCCCAUCCCACCGGUGCCGCUCACCUCACUUCCUAUGUCACUGCCACAAACAUGCACACCGUCACAUCUUGCCCCGGAGAGGGAGCUUGCCACACCAGCGUCAUCACCGAGAUCGUGCACAACACGCAGAUCGCUUCGCCCGAAGAACCCACUGGUAUCUUCACCAUCCCCGAGGCUAUCCAGUGUGGCGCUGGCAACUUUGGCUGCAAGGAGGCUACCACUAAGGGAUACCGCACCGUCACCAUCACCCCCGUCGUCAAGGCUCCCAAGCCUACUCCCGUUCCUGGCUACUGCGCUACUUGUGGUCCUCUCAAGGGCCACGGACACCACAACGACGAUGACGACAAGGAGACUGCUACCGGCGGCUACACUGCCCCUGGCAAGCAGACUGGUGGUUAUGACCAGCCUACCCAGGCUCACCCUGGCCAAGAUUACCCCAGACCUACUGGAGAUUCUCCCAAGCCUACUGGUGGCUCCGACAAGCCUACUGGUGAUUCCGACAAGCCUAGCGGUGACGCCCCCAAGCCCAACCCUCUCGAGGAGCUCCAAACCUACCGCCCCACAAACGUUUUCCCCCAGAUCCCCUCAAGCGUUGCGACAGUUGUCAAGCCCACGGGCACACCACAAGCUGGCGGACCUUCUGAGCCCGCAGGUACUCCCCCUGUGGUGAUCAACGGUGCAUCAGGCUGGAACGUGCCUGUUGUUGCAGCUGUUGUUGUUGGUGCUUUCGUCGCAGCCCUAUAA